CGGUCGGCGGCUGUCCGGCGCGCCAUGGAGCCGCCGUGCGGCUGCUGCGAGCGGGUGGUGCUCAACGUGGCCGGGCUGCGCUUUGAGACGCGGGCGCGCACGCUCGGCCGCUUCCCGGACACGCUGCUGGGGGACCCGGCGCGCCGCAGCCGCUUCUACGACGGCACUCGCGGCGAGUACUUCUUCGACCGGCACCGGCCGAGCUUCGACGCCGUGCUCUACUACUAUCAAUCGGGCGGGCGGCUGCGGCGGCCGGCGCACGUGCCCCUGGACGUCUUCCUGGAGGAGGUGGCCUUCUACGGGCUGGGCGCGGCGGCGCUGGCGCGUCUGCGCGAGGACGAGGGCUGCCCGGUGCCGCCCGAGCGGCCGCUGCCCCGCCGCGCCUUCGCGCGCCAGCUCUGGCUGCUCUUCGAGUUUCCCGAGAGCUCACAGGCCGCGCGCGUCCUGGCCGUCGUCUCGGUACUCGUCAUCCUGGUCUCCAUCGUCGUCUUCUGUCUCGAGACGCUGCCCGAUUUCCGCGACGAGCGCGACGACCCUGGACUCGCGGCCGUGGCCGCCGCCGCCGCCGCCGGCCCGCUCUCCGCUCGGCUCAACGGCACUAGCGCUGGGCCUGCCCCUGCACCCCGCCUGCCCUUCCAAGACCCCUUCUUCUUGGUGGAGACGCUGUGCAUCUGCUGGUUCUCUUUCGAGUUGCUCGUUCGCCUGUUGGCUUGCCCCAGCAAGGCCGUCUUCUUCAAGAACGUCAUGAACCUCAUCGAUUUUGUGGCCAUCCUGCCCUACUUCGUGGCCCUGGGAACCGAGCUGGCCCGGCAGCGGGGAGUGGGCCAGCCGGCCAUGUCCCUGGCCAUCUUGCGGGUCAUCCGGCUGGUGCGUGUCUUUCGUAUCUUCAAGCUGUCCCGCCACUCCAAGGGCCUGCAGAUCCUGGGGCAGACGCUGCGGGCCUCCAUGCGUGAGCUGGGCCUCCUCAUCUUCUUCCUGUUCAUCGGCGUGGUCCUUUUCUCCAGCGCCGUCUACUUCGCUGAAGCUGACCGGGUGGACACCCACUUCACCAGCAUCCCCGAGUCCUUCUGGUGGGCAGUGGUCACCAUGACCACGGUUGGCUAUGGAGAUAUGGUGCCCGUCACUGUGGGGGGCAAGAUAGUGGGCUCUCUGUGUGCCAUUGCCGGGGUCCUCACCAUCUCUCUGCCCGUGCCCGUCAUCGUCUCCAACUUCAGCUACUUUUACCACCGGGAGACGGAGGGCGAAGAGGCGGGCAUGUACAGCCACGUGGAUACGCAGCCCUGUGGCGCGCUGGAGGGCAAGGCCAACGGGGGGCUGAUGGAUGGGGAGAUGCCUGAACUGCCCCCGCCACUCUGGGUGCCCCCGGGCAAACACCUGGUCACCGAAGUGUGAGGACAGUGGAGGCGUGAAGGACCUCGCAC